AUGGAGAUGUAUGAAACCCUCGGAAAAGUGGGAGAAGGAAGUUAUGGAACAGUCAUGAAGUGUAAACAUAAGGAUACUGGGCAGAUAGUGGCCAUUAAGAUAUUUUAUGAGAAACCAGAGAAAUCUGUCAACAAAAUUGCAACGAGAGAAAUAAAGUUUUUAAAGCAAUUUCAUCAUGAAAACCUGGUCAAUCUGAUUGAAGUUUUUAGGCAGAAAAAGAAAAUUCAUUUGGUGUUUGAAUUUAUUGACCACACAGUAUUAGAUGAGUUACAACAUUAUUGUCAUGGACUAGAGAGUAAACGACUUAGAAAAUACCUCUUCCAGAUCCUUCGAGCAAUUGAGUAUCUUCACAAUAAUAACAUCAUUCAUCGAGAUAUAAAACCUGAGAAUAUUUUAGUAUCCCAGUCAGGAAUUACUAAGCUCUGUGAUUUUGGUUUUGCACGAACUCUAGCAGCUCCUGGGGACAUUUAUACGGACUAUGUGGCCACACGCUGGUAUAGAGCUCCAGAAUUAGUAUUAAAAGAUACCUCUUACGGAAAACCUGUAGAUAUCUGGGCUUUGGGUUGUAUGAUCAUUGAGAUGGCCACUGGAAAUCCCUAUCUUCCUAGCAGCUCUGAUUUGGAUUUACUUCAUAAAAUUGUUUUAAAAGUAGGCAAUUUGACACCUCACUUACAGAAUAUAUUUUCCAAGAGUCCCACUUUUGCUGGGGUGGUCCUUCCGCAAGUUCAACACCCCAAAAAUGCAAGAAAAAAAUACCCAAAGCUAAAUGGAUUGUUGGCAGAUAUAGUUGAUGCUUGUUUACAAAUUGAUCCUGCUGAGAGGACAUCAUCUACUGAUCUUUUGCAUCAUGAGUAUUUUACUAGAGAUGGAUUUAUUGAAAAAUUCAUACCAGAACUGAGAGCUAAAUUACUGCAAGAAGCAAAAGUCAAUUCAUUCAUAAAGCCAAAAGAGAAUUCUAAAGAAAAUGAACUUAUGAAAGAUGAAAGAAAAACAACAUAUACUAAUACACUGCUAAGUACUCCAGUUUUGGGAAAGGAAGUGGAAAAAGAGAAAAAGCCCAAAGAGAUCAAAGUCAGAGUUAUUAAAGUCAAAGGAGGAAAAGGAGAUAUCUUAGAACCAGACAAGAUAGAGUAUGAAGGGGGACAUUGUCAACAGGAUGCCAUUGAAAAUGCUCAUACUAUGUCUCAAGAUACAAAACCUGUAAUCAAUGAACCACCAAACUCUGUCAAUCCCAGCACUAAUUCUAAUGGCAUGAAAGAUGAUCCACACGCUGGAGGUAGUAUGAUGAUGCCACCCAUCAAUCUAACUAGCAAUAAUUUGCUGGCUUCAAAUCCCAAUUCAAAUCUUUCCCAUCCCAACUCAAGGUUGACUGAACGAGCCAAAAAGAGACGUACUUCUUCACAAUCUAUUGGACAGGUUAUGUCUAAUAGCAGGCAAGAGGAUGCAGGUCCCACUCAAAGCCAAAUGGAGAAGAGUAUAUUUAGUGAGCGAACAGGUCAAAGUGACCAAAUGGCAAAUGGAAACAAACGGAAGCUGAAUUUUUCCAGAUCUGACAGGAAGGAAUUCCAUUUCCCAGAACUGCCUUUCACAGUACAGUCCAAGGAGGUGAAAGGAAUGGAAGUUAAACAGAUAAAAGUGCUGAAGAGGGCAUCAAAGAAAACAGAUUCAUCUAAAAUACCAACUUUACUUAAUGUGGAUCAAAAUCAAGAAAAACAAGAGGGUGGAGAUGGCCAUUUUAAGGGGAAGAAUUUGAAGAGGAACAGAUUUUUUUUCUGGUAG